UAUCAGUUUGUUUGUGAGCCGCUGCUCGGUUAAUCUCGCGAUACAACGGGAUAUUACGCGCUCUGUGCGCGUGCGCGGCAUCGCGCCCGUCAGAGAAGCUGAGUUGGGGGAUCAUGGCGGAGCGCAGGAGGCACAAGAAGCGGAUCCAGGAGGUGAGUGAGCCCACCAAGGAGGAGAAGGCGGUGGCCAAGUACCUCCGAUUCAACUGCCCUACCAAGUCCACCAACAUGAUGGGCCACAGAGUCGACUAUUUUAUUGCCUCCAAGGCAGUGGACUGUCUUAUGGACUCCAAGUGGGCCAAGGCGAAGAAGGGAGAGGAGGCUGUGUUCACCACCAGGGAGUCUGUGUUGGAUUACUGCAACAGACUCUUAAAGAAGCAGUUCUUCCACCGGGCUCUCAAAGUGAUGAAGAAAAAGCCAGAGAAAGACACCAAGAAAGAGAAGGAGAAAGAGAAGGAGAAGACCAAGGGUGACAGCAGCAAAGAAGAGGAGAGAAAAGGGAAGAAGGAGAAAGAGAAGAAGAAAGAGUCUGAGGCUGUUGAAACCAAGAAAGAGAAGAACGAUGACAGUCCUGGAACCCCCAAGAAGAAGAAAGAAGUGAAGAAAAAGUUUAAACUGGAGCCUCAUGAGGAUCAGCUGUUUCUAGAUGGAAAUGAGGUGUAUGUGUGGAUUUACGAUCCUGUUCAUUUUAAGACAUUUGCCAUGGGACUGAUCCUUGUCAUUGCUGUGAUAGCAGCCACACUAUUCCCCCUGUGGCCAGCAGAAAUGCGUGUAGGGGUUUACUAUCUAAGUGUUGCAGCAGGAUGCUUUGUAGCCAGUAUAUUGCUUCUUGCUGUUGCUCGCUGCAUCCUCUUCCUGAUCAUCUGGCUGGUGACUGGCGGGCGCCACCAUUUCUGGUUCCUCCCUAACUUGACUGCAGAUGUCGGUUUCAUCGACUCGUUCCGGCCGCUCUACACCCACGAGUACAAAGGACCGCGAGCCAGCAAUAAGAAGGGCUCAGACAAGACAGACGAGAAGGACAACGAUGGCAACAAGGCUCAGAAGUCCGACAGCGAUGACAAAUCAGACAGCGAGAAGAAGGACGGCGAGGAGGAAGAGGAAGAGGAGGAGGAGGAGGGCAAAGAGGCCGAAGAAAGUAAAGAAGCAGAGGGGGAGGGAACGGGGGCGGACCGCCACUCAGACACAGACAGCGACCGCCGGGAGGAAGAAGGCUCGCAGCACAGCAAUGGGAACGACUUUGAGAUGAUCACCAGGGAGGAGCUGGAGCAGCACACAGAGGAGGAAGACCAGGAGGAGGAAGACGAGGAGACGCAAGAGAGGAAAGAAGGGGGUGAGAGUGAGACUAAACCCCAGACUGCUGAAACAUAAACUUCUUACAAUCUCAUCACUCUCUACUUUUUCUCUCUCUGGCCUUUCCUCCCUUCCUCCUGUGAUCCCAGGACCUGCUAUUUCGACCUCUCUGAGCCUGCUGAGGCAGAGGAGAGGCUUCAUCUUCCACUAAACCGUACCAAUAGAACAGUACUGGGAUAGACACAACGAUGAAAAGUAAAUGGCUACGACAAUGGGUGGGGGGGGAAUCUAAAAGAAGCCUUAUUGUGGAUUUUAUUCCUCCUACCCAAAUGUUAUUUAUGUAAAAAUGAAAACUGCCACUGACAUGUUUGCCUGAGGAAGUUGUCAACAAAAAUAUCAAACCAACAAACACAGAGUUUUCAUUUUUUUCUCUUUUUCAUUUCUGAUUUCUCAUCUCAUGUUUCUUUUUGUCAUUUCAACUUUUUUUUGUCCCCUCUCUCUGGUUACAUUUGCAUGUGAGGUCAAAGCGAAGAAGAGAUAUCUUGCUUAAAGGACCAGUAAGCGAAGACGUGCUGGUUUCCUCAUUCUUUCACCUUUUGUUGGUGUUUUUGGUGCAACAGUCUGAUAGCUUUCUCAGGCAGCCCUUAAAGCAAAGUAACCCGCUUUAAAACCUGAACCAAGCCAGAUGGACCAAAUCCUGUAGUUUACUCGAAGGAACCAAAAGCGACCAUGAUGUGGCUGGAUUGAGUAUAGGAGUAGAAUGAAAGCAGUGUAGCAUGACUCCUUGAGGUACUUGCCGUUUUCAGUAAGAAAAAAAAGUCUUAUCUAUUCUUUUUUUUCAUUGGCUGAUGAUCACAGUGCAAUCUUCUACACAGUCGGAAGUAGUUCUUGUUUAAUAAUGUGGGGUUAUCUUUAAGAGUAAAUGUGAGCAACUUGGAAACACCUAGCAUACUUCAUUUUUAUUUUUUAAAGAUUGCAGCAUUUGUUUAACAACAAAAGCUAUAAGAUGCAACGUUUGCUGAUUAAUGUCUAUUUGCAAACAUAACAAGAUUUAAAGUAAACUCAAGUGCCAAACACAACUAAUAAUGAUGUUAUGCAUGCUGAUUUAAUAUGGAGAGUUAAGCGUAAGAGCGAGGGGUACGUUUGUUUUUUGUUAAUUUCGUUCAUUUUGCAACCGCAGUGUCAAAUUUCUCAAAACGUUUGCAUCUUUGAAAAGAUAAAUAAAACACAGCACAAAGUUAUAAGUGUGUAGCUAAACAAAGAUUUUGGUCUCAGUGAAACCUUUAUGGUGUUGGCAUUGGACUCCCAUCCAAACCAGUUCUGUCUUGUCUUGCACAAGCUGUUGGACUAAAACAAAAUGGUUUUAGUCCACUAACCAGACCAGUUUCAUUUCUAAUCAAAGCCCCGUAGCUGGCGGCCAUGGUCCAAACUGUUCCUUCCCGUUAUCUUCUGGCUAGAAAUGUCUUAGAUGCUUUUUUUUUUUUUAGUCAUAGCAAGGAUUAUAUAGUAUAAAAAAAUAGAGAUGUAUCAUUUAUAUAUGGAUUCUAU